CCCUUCUUUAACCUCUCCUGUCAAUGAGGCAAUAAACAUCGAUACCAUAACGACCAGCGACGCUUGAGAAGAAUCUUCAACACCUGACGUGCUGUGACGCCCUGACGCCAAGAUGCCGCGGAUCCACCUUGUGUCAUCUGCGCAGGCGUCCGAGAAGGCAGUGCACGACAUCCUCGUCUCAUCCCCCGUGGUCGGCGUCAGCUGCAAGGGGGCUAACGCUGGGGGUAAAGGUACCAUUUAUCUGGUUGCCGUGGCAACGCUGCAGGGUGACGUGUACGCCUUCGACGUGAGACGAGACAAGAACAUUAUCCUGGACGGGGGCCUGGUCAGACUGUUCCAGAGUACUGACGUCAUCAAGGUUAUACACGACUGUGCUGCCGACGCCGCGGCCCUCCAUCGUGGAUUCGGUGUGACUCUGAGCAACGUCUUCGACACGCAGGUGGCGCAACGAGUUCAAAUGGAGGAGCAUGGACUCCCGCCUAGGAUGAUCAACAAAAGCUCCUUAUUUGCUAAAUAUGACAUCGUCGGAUAUACACCCUCGCCAUCACUUGAGCGUCUACUACGAGAGGACCAGCACGUCUGGGCGCGACGACCACUCAACAAGGACAUGCUCAACACCGCCGCGGCCGACGUCGUCCCCCUCGUCACCGUCCUGUACGACAGACUCAAGAGCGUUCUGAAUCCGGAGACUGCUGAUUGGUUCGAGUAUCUCUGCAAAAAACAUCGCCGCAGUCAGCUUGGAGGCAAGAAGAAGACAGCAAUAAAGGGAGAUAAUCAACCCCGGCGAUCAGUCAAUGAGGCAUUCGAAAUGAGUGUUGUCAAAGUUAGAGAACCCAAAGAAGACUAGUCCUAUCAAACAACAGUGAAACCUCGUUUGUCCGGACAAUGUCUAUAACGUCUUCAUAUACACAUGGAUAUCACUCUCCAAAACCGUUUCAUUAAUCCGGACAUUUGUUCAUUCAGGCGGUUUCAGUGCGUAAAUACUGUCCGGAUAAAUGGGGUUUUACUGUACGUAGAUUGUUUUGCUUUUAAAUGCUAUAAAUGUGUUAGAUAAGCCAAGUUAUAAGCAAGGCCGACACGUGUAUAUACGCGUUUCGUUAGUAAUGACCUGAUCUCUGCUUCAAUGUUUAUACAUCAUAUUUCUCACUCGCAUCAUUGUUUAAGUUUAGUCGGUAUUCCGAUUUCUUUGCGCUUGCGACACUGAAACGAUGUAAAGCUGGAGCCAAGUUUUGCCGUUGUGGUCUCUUCGUGAUUUAUUUACAGGCCUUGUUAUCUGUAGGGCGCCAGGCAACAAACAUACUUUAUAUGCAGAUUGUGUGAGUGGCAGGUAUUACCGGUAGGGCAGGACAUCCUUACCCUUUUCGCGAACACCUGGUGUCAUCACUGAUUUUCAGCUCUCCAUUCAUAUAAUUUUCACCCCAAUUUUACCUUUCACGCCAAAUUGAUUCUAUUUGGUCGGAUGUUGGAAACUGGUUGUUCUCUGGCGGUAACGUUUCAUAUUGAAUAUUAGAGAGUUAUGAGAGUUAUGAUGAUGCUUAUUACUACUACGGGCGCUCGGGUAGCCCAGCGUUUAAAUCGUUCGCUCGUCACGCCGAAGACCCAGGUUCGAUUCCCGACAUGGGUACAAUGUGUGAAGCCCAUUUCUGGUGUUCCCCGCCGUGACAGUGCUGGAAUAUUGCUAAAAGCGGCGUAAAACUAUACUCACUCACUCACUCACUUAUUACCACUACAUAUUGUUUAGUGUUGCCUUAAUCAGAAGUCAUGUUGACAGAUGUAUGUUUGUAUCUGUGAUAUAUGGUUACACUACAGCAAUAUCAUUGAGAAAUGCCGCAAAGGGGGGUGAAGAGAAAUGUACUAAUAUAUUAUGUAUGUAAUCGCCGUACACUACCAUUGUACAAGAGAAAUGACCUUUUACCUACAUUCUUAAAUGUUUUCCACAAGACAUUUUCACAGAUUGGUUCAUAGAUUAACGUGCUCCAGAGAACAAAAGGAGAUUUUCUUUCAAGCACAGGGGACACAAAACUUGGUAUUUGUCAGAUUUCGGCAGUUGACAGUAUUUAGUAUCAAUAUUUUGAUAUGUAUUGGUAUUUGGUGUUUGGUAUUUGUCGAUCUAUGUUCUAAGGUGACGGUCAUACAGUUUGGUGACGUCUUAGUGUCUGUACCAUAUUAUCUAUGCUACGACAUAUGGUACUGUGUAAAUACCUGGCCUUUAUUGUACGUGUUUGUCUCAUCCUGGUGCUGACGUUUCUUCUAUUGUUGUCAACUUCCAGAUAUCCUGAAGCAAUUGUGUCUUUCAUGUUUCGCCCUUCAAGUAUUUCUGACGAAAGGGAUUCCAGUGGUGGUAUGAGGGCAUUCAUUUGUCACUACCAUCAUACACCCAGAGUUAAAUAAUGUGAGUGAUCGGUCUGUAUUCAUGGAACAAAAGGUUUAGGUGAAAUGGAAAUGAAUUUCCUCAAAAGACUAUCUUCCUCAGGAACGCGUUCUUGUUUGUAGGCGUGUGUCUGUGUGGACGAGGUUGGUGUGCUGGUGAUGUGGAUGUUAUGAGGUCGUCCAUGCGACGUCUCGGAUUAUUUUAAGAAAGACAUUUCACAGACAUUUGCACCUGCUCAAGAGAACAAAAGGGGGGUUUCUUUCAAGAAAAUGGGAGACUAUCAAAUCUUGGUAUUUGUCAGAAUUCGGUAUUUGUCAGUAUUUGGUAUUAAUAUUUGGAUAUUUAUUAGUAGAUGGUAUUUAGUAUCUUGAACGGGUGGUUGUGGUUAGAUCUGAUGGUCUUUAACCACCAACUGUUGAAAGCAGAAAGACGUCUUAGUCUGAUCUCACUUGGGUAUUAGGAUUGUCUCCCCUCUUUUAGUUGUAGGACUGUUGAUAAGCCAUUAAGUAAUAAUCCACAACUCAUCGACUUCCUGCUGCAUGCUUAUACAGAGAUGUCGACUAUAGACGAAAACACGUUUACAAGUUGUGUAAUUCAAUGAUGUGUAUUGUUGUCAUCAUGAUGUUACAGCACUGUUACCGAACAGUAUUAAACCUGCCUUUACAAUUUUCCAUGACUUUGAAGGAAUGACAUAAAUGUAUUGGAUUAAUUAAAAGUAG